GGCACUGGACUCGGCCUGGCUGGCAAUCCGAAUAACUCUGGGGUCAGCCUCAGCCGCACUCGCAAUGGACUGUGCUCUUCUGUACCCCUUGGAGCUUUUCGACCGUGACUGUUAAGCGCAAACGGCCGUAGCUUGCCCAGCAUCUUCGUCUCGCUCAUCAUGACGAGCUUCUUUGCUGCGGCCACGCUGUUCCUCACUGGCACUGGCAAACGUCACACCUGGACGCCGCCCCUACCAUCACCAUCACCUGCACCGGACAACAGGUGGCUCAAUUCCGAUCCUGGCUCGCGGAACUGCCUGAACCUUCGGCACGAUACGUUGUUGGACGCUGAUUUACCAGGUUGCUCUACUGCCUGCAACGGCGAUGCGGUAUCGUCUCCCUGUUAUGUGCUCACUUCUGAUGGCUCUCCACAAUCCACAAACAGCAGCCCGAGCCCUGCUGACAUGGACGCGGCCACCUCCCCGACACCGACAACAAUUUUGAGCAUCGACGGCGCGACAUGCUUCUCACCCGACUGCGACCAUUCCUACUGCUCGCCCCCACAACUGCUGUACUCCCCUGCUAGCUGCUCUUCCAUCGCGCUCCACACUCCACUGCCAACCACGGGGCCGUUCAGUUCAAUCCAGCCAAAUUCUCCCGAUCGCUUGCUGCUCUCCCCGACCGGAUUCGCCCCAUCCAACGAUAAGCCGAUCUCCCUGCUUCCUGCAUCCGCUGCCGCCACCAAGAGCACACUUGCGGAGCGGCGGGGGCUCAAGGGUCUCGCCCUCCAGAGCGCCCCCGCUUUCAGCCCCAUCAUCGAGCUCAGCAGCGACACAUCCACACCCACACUCACGCUCACGCCCACCUCCGCGCUCACCCCCCGCUCGCGCCUCCUCUCCCCACGCACUCCCGACAGUGCCUCUAGCUUCGCACAACGGCUCGUUGGGCUCAUGCGCCCCGCUACGCCAAACACCGCCAACCCCGACUCGCCCGCGGAGCGCGAGUACUUCGAAGACCCGUUCGGUCGCGCGGCACCCCCGUUCUUCGACGACGCGUACUUUUUCGGCGCGGCACCCGACCGCCCGCACCCGGAUCUGUUCGACCUGUCUGUGUACAGUACCCCGCCCGCGGGCGCGCCGCGGAGCUCGAAGACGUGGCCAGCGGCGAAACGUAUGAAGACGCGGCUCUGGAUCGAUGCAGUCGAUCUCCUGGAGCCUUUCCCCGGCUCCGACGCGCACCCCCUUCCCGGCUGCGCCACCCGCGCGGGACCGUCCGUCCAUUCCACCCGCGCGCGGCUCGAUCGCGAUCGGCCCGCUGCCCCUCGCGCAAACGCCGCCCCCUCUGCCGCCGCGCCCCCUCCUGUGCUCACGCUCGCGCUUUCGCAUUUGCCCGCCGCGGCGUCGCCGAACCUGCGCCCGCUGCUGCUGCCGCAGAAGUUCGCGCGGCGGGAGAUCGCGGACGCGCAGUCGUCCUCCAUUCUCCAGCACGCGACGCCCAAACUCCGCCCGCUCAUACUUCCGCAGGAGCUCGCGCGACGGGCGACGCACCCGCAACGCCGCGCUCGACCCCGUCCUCUUACCUUUCCCUCUACACUCGCCCUCACGCACAGGAGGGCGCUCAGCAUGGGGACCCCCUUUCUUCCCUCGAGCCCGAGGAUGUCGAUUGCGAGCACCAGCACGGGGGCGUCGGAAGCCGAGAUCGAGGAUAUCAUCAGUGGUGAGAGUAGCGGAGAUAUGGGGCGGCGGGGCGAGGAUCGGCGACAGUCGCAGCAGCUCGACGAGAUCAUCUGCCUCCUCGACAAGUCCGGCGUACUCGAGGGGCUCUGCGAGGCGGGCGACGAGCAAGAAACGGCUGACUCUGAGGUCACCUCCCCCUCCCCGUCGUGCGACUCGGACGACAACGAGAGCGCGGGAGUCGCGACGCCACCCUCGCUCGUGUCGCGGCCUGGGAGCUCGUCGUCGUUCUCCUUCAUCAGCCAGUCGUACGCAAGCGACACGGAGGACGUCGCGGAGAAGUCGCGGAACCUAGAGGACAUUCUCGAGCUCCUGAACAGCCCGGACGGUGGCAUCACUUGCAGGACCUUCGUGGAGGCGCCAGCGAUGGAGGGCGAGUCCGAAGACCUGAUAUGCGCGUACGCUAUGUGA